AUGGGACAGGCGAGAACAAAUCUCGAUCUGGCCUGCAGUGUUGCGGCCUUGGGAGACCACACGUCGUUUGCACCAGCUUCCGCAAAGCAACACGCCCACCGCUUCUGCUCUGCGGACUCCACCACAAGAGCAGCAUCCGAUCUCUCCUUGGUCGCCAGUUCGCACGCGCUUUUGACACCCACUCCACCAACUGCGAAGAUGCCUCCAGGGAAGCGAGUUGCACCGCGAACUAUGACUCACACGGAGCUGACCCCUCCCCGUCGCCGUAAUCGCGUCGCCUCCGCAUCGCGUCCGUACAAGUGCAAUGUUGACGGAAUCGGCUAUGAGAUGAUGGCUUUCAUUCAGGUCACCCAGCCAAAGAGCUCGGAAAGCUGUCGCAACUUCUGGGGCGGCGUCUCCAUCACAAAUACGGAGAGGACCGACUACGUCCUAGCCGAGAUCGAAGCAAUUGAGGUGGAUCGCAGACAUUUGAGAUGCGCCAAGUCGACUGUUCCUCCGUGGGCCAAGGAACUUCUUCGCAAGCCAGAGAAAUACGAAGGCCAUCUCAAGGAGCACUCUGGGGAUGGAGACGAGUUGAGCGACCUUCAAAAGGUACUUCAGAUCCUCUACGGGCCACGGGGCCGGCCGAAACCUCACCUUCGCGAGAAGGAUCGGCGCCAAUUGCGCACCAACAUGCUCCACUACAUCAGCUCCUUCUGCGUGGAGCCCGAGUGGCGCGGCAAGCGCCUCGCUGAGCACGCUCUCCUUGCCUACAUGAACGUGCUCGGUCAGUUCUUCAACUACGGCGGGCCCGUCAUUCUGUCUCCCGCCCCCCUUCGCGAUGAGACCGACUGGAUGAGGCAGAACAAAAAGCCAGUCGAUUCGUACGAGAAGAACAUCCAGAAGAUCGAGAAGACCUACCUCAGGGCCGACUUCGACAGCAUCUUCGAGCCGACAGCCGGGAAUGGGAACAUCACCGUCAUGAUGCGCAGCAAUACCGCCAUUUCACUUCAGCCCAAGAAGCUGGAGAAGCAGAAGCCAGCCAACCCUUUCCUCAAGCAAGUGAAGGCAGGUCCAUCUCAAAAGCCGCCAAAGGCCAAGCGCAAGGUGAUCGGAGGUGCCAGACCGCCAAAGAGGGCAUAG